CCCAGAGGAAAAAAAAAACGCGCUUGCCUUGUUUCGUAGUUCUUUUUAAAUUUUAAAAACCAAAAAUCGGAAAUGUUACCUAACGAUCUUUCAAAGUUGCGAGUAGUGGAUCUGAAGGCAGAGCUCACCCAGCGUAGUUUACCUGUCAAGGGUAAAAAAGACGAACUCAUUGCCCGCUUACAGCAAUGGAUUAAUGAAAAUAAAGAACAAGAAGACGCGACAGCAAAUGAACAACCUCAAGAAGUAAAUGGACAACAAGAAGAACAAGCAGCAACAGAAAAAGAAGAAUCACAAGCGGCUCCUCCACAACAACAAGAUUCAAUGGUAUCACCACCAGUGAACAACGUGGAGCCUGAACCAGAGCCAACAUCAGUACCGGCACCUGUCGUCGAACAACAACAACAACAACACCAAGCAGAUGCCGAGACUCAACCAGCGACGACAGCAGAUUCCACUCAACCUGUGGAAGAAUCAAAGCCGAAAGAAGCGACCCAGUCUCCAAAAGAAGGAUCAAAGGCCGUGGCAGUAGAAGAGCCAAUGAAAGAGGAUAAACCUGUGGCAGCAGCAGCAGCAGCAGCAUCCGUAGAGGAACAGGAGAGCGAGAAACGGCCAGCACCAGCUGAAGAAGAAUCGGAUAUCAAGGGAACAAAGAGAAAGCGACUAGAUACAGAAGCCGAAAAAUCGACUGAAAAGCGAAGCAAGGCAAGCACAGACGAGACAACAGAUAUGGAAGCUGUCCAACAGCAACAACAAGACACCAGUGUCACCAGUUCAGCAAUAUACAUCAAGGGCUUUGUACGACCCUUGAUAAUCAGACACGUCCAAGAGUUAAUCAACCAAUACGGUACCGUCAAACGGUUCUGGAUGGAUGCAAUUAAAACGCACUGCUAUGUUAUUUAUGAAACUGAGAAAGAAGCAAAAGACGCUUUCGGUGGGAUUGACGGUAUUGUGUUUCCCCGUGACACCGGACGCAAGGUGCAAGUGGGCGGAUUGACACCGGAACAAGCCGAAGCAUUGAUUGGCCAAGAACAGACGGCUGCAUCCAAGGGCAUCAAAUUGGAUUGGGAGAAGGCCAUUGCUGCCGUGUGUCGUGGCGAGUCUCUCGAAGCCAACCGUGCACCGUCGGAUCAGGUGGAACCAAGAAGACAACGUCUCAGCGGUAUUGGUCAAAUCACUCGUGAAUUACAAAAAGCCGCCACGGCAUCUGUGCUUGCACCCGGAAGCGCGCUGCCAGAGGAACGGUCCAUUCAUUUCGCUCAAACAGAUACCUCAUCGAAAGAACUUGAACGACAGCUCGAAGCCUCUGCUCCUGCUGCACCUACUGCAUCACUCGAUGAGCUUUUCCGCAAGACCACUGCCCUCCCUGCCUUGUAUUACCUUCCCGUUGCUGAACAAGCUGCCAAACAACGGUUAGAAAAGCUUGAUCCUUCAUCUGCUGCAUAAUAGAUGUCUUGUCUCUCUCUCUCUCCUCUUUUUCCUUUUCCGUUACCCGAAUUGGCAUCCUACUAGCUCAAUAUCUUAGCAAAUCCUUUUUUCCAUCUAUAAACUUUUUUUUAAAAUAUAUAAAAAGUCACAUGGGACGAUGCAUGUGUCAUAUGUUGCUAUAGGGACACACCCUACUAUGCUUUCGUGGACCAUGCUACAACACUUGUGCGUCUCGGCUUUUACCUGUC